GCGUGGCGCGCGCUGGUGAACGGCGCCGGCGACUGGUGUGAGCGGUGGCUGAGGAGCGGCGACCUGACGCGCGAGUGACGUGUCGAGGGCAGCCCCAUACGGAUCUGUGACGUGACCUCUGCAGCGUGGCAGCGACGUACGAACGAGACCGUGCCUGUGCAGGGGACGUGGGCCUGCGAGUGUGACCACUGGGGUCAGAAGACAAAUUGUGGGAGUGAGUGCGGAUUGCCCCGCUGAAGUGAGACGGCAUCGACAGGGUUCUUCCCCGUGUGAGAGGGUCCUCCGGGAGCGCCGCCUCGACUCGCAUCGGUGACUCGCGCGUGUGAGCGUCGAAGUGGGACAGCGCCGCGGUGGUCCCGUCUGUCACCUCAGCGAGCGAACAACCAGCGCCAAACUGGGGAAGCUGCGCGCUGCCACGUUUGACCUGGUGGCCGGGAGUCAUGGUGAUGCUGGCGGCAUGGACAAGAGCAAGCGGAACGACGACGUCGUCCUGUUGCUCUAUAAGAAGUCGCCGAGUGAGCCGAGCCAGCCGGCCGCCAGCUCCCCAGCCGCCAGGCCCGUCUACAUGGUGUACGACGGCGCUGACCGGCAGCCGGACGGCCCGGCACCACCAGACGCGGUGCGCCCCGUCCCCGGCGCGUGGGACGACGCCACCAUCUACGAGGACAUAGACGAGGUGGGCGACGACGGCACGCCAUUCAGCUCCGACCGGCUGGAAGUGCGCCGCCAGCUCAGCUCCGACAGCUCAUGGAGCGAGGAGUUCGAGUCGAUGUCGGAGCCGGAUGAGCCGCCGGCGCCCGCCGACAACUUCGGCGCAAUCAAACACCUUCUGCGGCGGAAGCGGAGUUCGCAGAAGCCGAAGAAGAAUGGGACGGCCCACUCGGAGCCGGCGGCGGCGGCCGUCGAGCGCAAGAGCUCGCUGGAGAAGCGCCCCUCCUCGCGGCGCGACUCGGACGAGGGCGAAGGACGCCUGAGCCGCUGGUUCUCGCUCAGGAAGUCUAGCCACUACGACAUCUCAGAGAGGACGCGCUCACUCACCAAAAUGUCCUCGGUCAACGAGGACGUCGAAGCUGCUGAGCUGCUGUUCCACCGGCGCCACCAGCCUCCGUCGUUGCCGCCAGCGCCCGCGGGGCUGACCUCCGAGCAGGUCAAGCGGCGCCACAUCGUGCAGAGCGUCGUACACAGCGAGAACAACUAUGUCGCCUCAUUGCAAAGUCUAGUCAAUGAUUACAAGAAGGUGAUGGAGGAGGCGCACCCGCCGGUGCUGAACUCUGCCAAGAUAUCUGUCAUCUUCAAACGCGUGCCCGAGAUCCUGCAGUGUCACACGCUGUUCCGGAUCGCUCUGGCCGAGGCUGUCCGCCAGUGGGACGCCGAAGAGCGCAUCGGCGACGUGUUUGUCGCGUCCUUCUCCAAGGCCAUCGUGCUGGACAUCUACUCCGAUUUCAUCAACAACUUCUCCGUCUCCAUGGAGACCAUCAAGCACGAAGCGAAACGGAAGAGCGCGUUCGCCGACUUCUUGAAGAUGCGGCAGAUCAGCUCACUGGACCGGCUGUCGCUGUUCGGCCUGAUGGUGAAGCCGGUGCAGAGGUUUCCGCAGUUCAUUCUGCUUCUGCAGGAUCUGCUGAAGCACACUCCUCAGGGUCACCACGACAGGAUGUCGCUGCAGCUGGCGCUGACGCAGCUUGAGUCGCUGGCAGAGAUGCUCAACGAGAGGAAGCGCGAAUCGGAACAGUUCAAGGCCUUCCGCGAGACGCUUCGACGUCUGAACGGCAAGUUCUCGAUGCGCUCUCUGGCCGACACGAACCGCUACCUGCUGCGCGAGGACAACGCCACGCGGCUCGAGUUCGGCACCAACGGCUCCAUCAGCAAGUCCAAGAGCCGGCGCCUCUUCCUGCUCAACGACCUGGUGGUGUGCGUCAGCGUGGCGGGAAAGCCGGCCGACGAGACGGCCGCCGCCGAGCGACUCACGCUCAAGUGGUCGGUGCCGGUGACGGACGUCGAGAUCCAGGAGGCCAGCACCUCGCUGACGCUGAGCCACGUGAUCACGGCUACGACGCGGCCACCGGGCGGCGCGCGCCCCGCCGACGAGGCUGCUGCCGGCGCGCUCACCAACGUCGGCCAGCUCUGCCACAAGAUGAGCAACCUGAUGCACGACUACGAAGUGGUGUCGCGCAUCGGCUCGCUUGUCGACACGCUCAAGGGCGAGUACCCGGGCCUGACGACGGCGCUGACGGCGCAGAUAGCCGCCUCCAUCCAGCGCUCGAUCCGGCAGAAGGACGAGGAGAUCGCCUGGCUGGACGCCUGCUGUCUGCAGCUGGCGGUGCGGCGGGCCGGCCGCGAGGAGCACUUCACCUUCCAGCUCGAGUCGCCCGCCAAGAAGCGCGAGUGGACCACCGACUUCCGGCUGGCCCAGCUCGCUCUCGACGAGAACAACUCUCGGGCCUGGGACGUGCCGGAGCGGGAGCAGCGGCCCAUCACCAGGGUGCCACUCUUCGUCAAGACGAUGCCGGUGGUUUCGCCAGUGCCCGCUGGCACCGACACUGAGGUACAGUGCGGCUGCUUCUACAGCGUCACCAUCGUCAAGCCCACCCAGCGCACGCGCGAGCAGAGCUACCUCUGGAUCUGCACCACCGAUGGUGUCAACAGCUUCGUCAUCAUCUACGCCAUGCAGCAGGUGGGCUUCCGAGAUGUGCUGCGGUUCGAGCUGCCGGCCGAGCGGGUCACGGCCAUGCAGUUUGUGCCGGGGGAGCCGACCGAGGCCGGCUGCCGCUCGGGUGCCGUCUGGCUCAGCACGACCGCCGGCAGGGUGCUGCUGUACUCGGCGCAGGAGCCGGAGCGGUGUCAGCAGACGGGCGCCGCGCCGCUACCGUCGCCGGCGCGCCGGCUGGUGGCGCUCGGCGGCGCCGUGUUCGCCGCGCUCGAGAACGGCGCCGUGGCCGUGUUGGAGCACGGUGCGGACGGCGGCUGGCAGCCUGGGCCGCCAGCCCUGCUGCCGCUCGGCGAACGGCCCGUCUCCUGCCUGCUGCCCAUCGGCGGCGCCGUGUACGCCGGCUGCGGCCGCCGCGUGUCCGUCAUCGACGCCGUCACGCGUGACGUCACGAAGAGCUUCACGGUGCAGGAGCACGAGUCGUCCGGCGACGUGCACCUGCUGGCCCACAGCGGCAUCGGCCUGUGGAUCUCGCUGGCGCACAGCUCCACCAUCUGUCUCUACCACACGGAGACCUUCCGCCACCUGCAGGACAUCAACGUGGCGUCCAACAUCUCGCGCGUCAUGGGCGACGGCGUGCGCGGCUCUGUGGCCGUCACGGCGCUGGUGGCCGGCCGCGGCCUGCUCUGGGUCGGCACCAGCGUCGGCGUCACGCUUACCAUCCCGCUGCCGCGGCUGGAGGGCGUGCCCAUCAUCUCGGGCCGCGGCAACAUCUCGUACCACGCGCACUGCGGCGCCGUCACCUACCUGCAGGUGCUGAGCGCGCCGGCGGCGCGCGCGCUGGCGCCGGCCGCGCCGCGCGAGAGUGUCAUCCACGAGGAGGCGCCCGCUGAGGCGGCUGGCCGCCUGGCCAAGCGGCGCUCCGACACCAGCCUGAGCGACUCCAAGAAGAGCGUGCGCAUCCAGCCGCGUUUCAGCAGUCCGUCGCUGCUGCGCAAGCGCUCGCGCGACCGCGACAACAUGACGCGUCGGCUUUCCAAGACGCUGCCGCGCGGCAUGAGUCUCCUCUCGGCCAGCGGCAGCGUGUGCGACGACGUGUACGGCCUGUACGGCAACCUGCUGAACCUGCACGGCUUUGACGAGUCGCGCGAGCUGGGCGAGCUCAGCGAGCAUGUGCGCCGCAGCGACCCGGAGCUGGCCGGCCUGCCGCACAAGAUGGCCACGCUGGACCGGCGGCUGCAGCUGCGCGCCGGCCGGCCGCGCUCUCUGGACCUCUCCAGCUGGUCGGUGGACUCUCGCUCGUCGGUGCACACGACGAGCUCCUCGUCCGAGGGCGACCGCGCCCACUCGGCGCCGGCCUCGCGCGUGCACUCGUUCCGCAGCCCGGAGCCGACCGGCCGGCGCAAGGAGGAGCCGGCGCGCAGCGUGCUCACGGUCAUGGCCGGCCGUGGCUACGUCAACUGGGGGCGGGCCGACCGCCGGAGCCCGGGCAGCCGGGCGGCCAACUCACACGACGCCCACCUGGUGCUGUGGGAGAUGAAGUUAUAGUGCGCCGGGCCGCCACUAGGCGGAGGCCGCGUCUGGGACGGUGCCGAGGGCGGGGCGCUACCCAGGGGGCGGCCACGUGAUGCGGCCCGGUAACCGUCCCGUGAUGAUCUGAUAGUCACGUGUCGCUCGAAUCUGUGUUGCGUGAAGCCGGCUCAUAUUCAUGUGUGAGUUGGUCACCAUUGCAAACGCAGAUGUGUGCACGUGGCGCGCAACUUAACAGUGAUCGUCAAGUAUUCUUGAAUUCUCGAGUCGCAUUUGGGCGUUUGUGCGUGACAUUGGUAUCAGUGAGGGUGCUACGUUGCAUCUCUUGCAUGUCAAUGCAAUCAUGUGAUGACUAUGUAUCAAAAUACGGUAAAACGUAUGCUAUUGUAUCGUAUAGAUGACAAUAUACGCAUCCCUGUGCUACGUG